AUGCUAGAUCGCCUAAUCGCUGUGAUGUUCACGUCAAAAUGCUUACUACUGCUUGCAAUUACGUUUGAGUCAUGCCAACUGGAGCGUCAACAUAUGGCUGUCACCAAAAACUGUAACACAACCAUCCGGAUUGCCAUGGGAUUCGUUGGAGAUUAUUUAACGGGCGAAUGGCGCAGCGCAUAUGGAAGCGCAACUGAGGUGAUGCAUAUUGCGGAGACAACCUGCUCGAAAUAUGACAAAUUGGUGAAUACUGAGAAAAGAUCGGGCAUCAAGAACUUCACUUGCGUUGUAUCCGGUCCACACUUGGGACAUUUGGAAGGGGAAUUUGUCUUACAAUUCGAGUCAGAUGAAGUGGACGUCAUCACAUUAACACAAGAGGGCUUGGAAAAGCGAAACCAAGAAGAAACUGGUUACGACAUCGCUGACUUGCAACUGAAAGUCCUAAAUGCUCCAACUUAA